AAUGUCAGUGCACGAGGUCAGGGGUCGUCAUGUCAAAAGACGGAAUGUCAUUGUUCUGUCAUAAUUGACAUCCUAUUCUAUAUAUAGUGCACUACUUUGGCACCCUAUUCUAUAUAUAUAGAGCACUACUUUGACACCCUAUUCUAUAUAUAGUGCACUACUUUGGUACCCUAUUCUAUAUAUAUAGUGCACUACUUUGACACCCUAUUCUAUAUAUAGUGCACUACUUUGGUAUCCAAUUCUAUAUGUAGAGCCCUACCUUGGUACCCUAUUCUAUAUAUAGUGCACUACUUUGACACCCUAUUCUAUAUAUAGUGCACUACUUUGGGACGCAAUUCUAUAUGUAGAGCCCUACUUUGUUACCCUAUUGUAUGUAUAGUGCACUACUUUGUACCCUACACUUUGGUACCCUAUUCUACAUAUAGUGCACUACUUUUGACCAGGACCUAUAGGGCAGUAUGUAGGAAAUGGGCACUGGUCCAAACUAGUGCACUAGUAGGGAAAAGGGUACAAUUUGGGAAGCCUGCAUAGUGUGAUAAUAACAAACACAGAAUGCCAUCAUCACCAUCCAGCCAGUCCCGGCCUGCACCGGCCACUCCCGGCCAGCCCCUUACAAACCCGGCCACUCCCGGCCAGCCCCGGGCCAAUCCAGGCCAGUCCCAGUCAGUCCCAACCAGUCCCAGCCAGUCCAGCCCCGGCCAGUCCCAGCCAGGCCCAGCCAAUCCUGUUCAGCCCCGGGAAGUCCCAGCCAAUCCAUGCCAGCCCCGGCCUGCCGCGGCCAGUCCCAGUCAGUCCCAGCCAAUCAAGGCCAGUCCCGGCCAGUCCCAGUCAGUCCCUGUCAGUCCCGGCCAGUCCCAGUCAGUCCCAGUCAGUCCCAGGCAAUCCAGGCCAGUCCCGGCCAGUCCCAGUCAGUCCCAGUCAGUCCCGGCCAGUCCCAGGCCAGUCCCAGUCAGUCCCAGCCAGUCCCGGCCAGUCCCGGCCAGUCCCAGUCAGUCCCAGUCAGUCCCAGUCAGUCCCCAAUCAGUCCCGGCCAGUCCCAGUCAGUCCCAGCCAGUCCCAGUCAGUCCCAGCCAGUCCAGGCCAGUCCCAGUCAGUCCCAGUCAGUCCCAGUCAGUCCCCAAUCAGUCCCGGCCAGUCCCAGUCAGUCCCAGUCAGUCCCAGUCAGUCCCAGCCAGUCCAGGCCAGUCCCAGUCAGUCCCAGUCAGUCCCAGCCAGUCCCAGGCCAGUCCCAGUCAGUCCCCAGUCCCAGUCAGUCCCCAAUCAGUCCCGGCCAGUCCCAGUCAGUCCCAGUCAGUCCCAGUCAGUCCCAGCCAGUCCAGGCCAGUCCCAGUCAGUCCCAGUCAGUCCCCAAUCAGUCCCGGCCAGUCCCAGUCAGUCCCAGUCAGUCCCAGUCAGUCCCAGCCAGUCCAGGCCAGUCCCAGUCAGUCCCAGUCAGUCCCAGUCAGUCCCAGCCAGUCCAGGCCAGUCCCAGUCAGUUCCCAGUCGGUCCCAGUCAGUCCCAGCCAGUCCCGGCCAGUCCCGGCCAGUCCCAGUCAGUCCCAGUCAAUCCCAGCCAGUCCCAGCCAAUCCCAGCCAGUCCCCAGUCAGUCCCAGCCAGUCCCCAGUCAGUCCUAGCCAGUCCCCAGUCAAUCCCAGCCCCACCACUAUGAUCUGUGACUCUUGUUGACCGCUCUUUCCCUGGGCCCCGAUCUCACAGCACUGCAGCCCACUGUAUAACCACAUCAAUGUCAUUUAUACUGUAAAUAAGAUAUGUUUUUAUGGAAAUGGAACUCCUGGUAAUCUUUAAUGUGAUGUUUUAUGCAAAAACAAAAUAAAUGGACCUGUUUUUUUUGUUUCUUUGUUGUUUUCCUCGUCUUUUAUUUUUAUUUAUUUUUUUGCUUGUUGUAUGUAAUGUCAUAAUAAUUCUGAUCUGAAAUCAGUCCCAAGGUGUCUACAGUACUCUAUAACCCUGUUUUAUGAAAAUGCGACUGUUUACAUCUAUCUUUAGGAAUUUCAUAAUAAAUGGUUCAAACGAGA